AUGGCCAUGCCGCUCUCGAGUGUCGACGAUGGCAAGCCCUUCGGCAAUCGUAACCCCGUCCAUAUGGCCACAACAACGCUCAAGGUGGAUGGAAUGACCUGUGGUGCUUGCACAUCGGCCGUGGAAAGCGCUUUCAGCGGUGUUGCAGGCGCGGGGGAGGUUUCCGUCAGCUUAGUGAUGGGUCGAGCUGUGGUUCAUCACGACCCUACGACAUUACCUCCCCCCAAACUUGCCGACCUUAUUGAAGACAAAGGAUUUGAUGCCGAAAUCCUAUCCACAGAUAGUCCGCAGGAUGCAAAUAAUAGCACUGGGUUGGCCUCGAUAACGACGAUUGCCAUCGAAGGAAUGACUUGUGGCGCCUGCACUUCUGCUGUCGAGGGAGGACUGACGAAUGUCCCUGGUAUUCAGGCCGUCAAUGUGUCAUUACUGUCCGAGCGUGCCGUUAUUGAGCAUGACUCCUCGAUUAUCACAUCUGCGCAAAUCGCGGAAAUGAUUGAAGACCGCGGUUUUGGCGCAACUGUGCUGGACACAAAAGCAAGUCAGUCCACCGAAGAGCAAGCUACGACAAGCCAGCUUCAAAAUCUUUCUACGACUGUGGCUAUAGAAGGAAUGACAUGUGGUGCCUGUACAUCCAGCGUUACAAGUGCUUUCAAAGACGUUGAAGGGCUGGCGCAGUUUGACAUCAGCUUGCUUGCAGAGCGAGCGGUGGUGGUACAUGAUCCCCAUGUUCUACCUUCGGAAAAAAUCGUCUCCAUAAUCGAAGAUGCUGGCUUUGAUGCACGAGUUAUAUCUUCCUCGCCACAAACAGGCGUCGUGUCGAAGACAUCGAAAAGUACUCGCCUCACAUUAUAUGGCUUGCAGACACCAGCUUCUGCAACUUCUUUAGAAGAACGUCUGCGUGAGAAAUCUGGCGUAAAGUCGGUAUCAAUAGACUUCAGUGCAUCUCGUGCCAUCGUCACUCACAAUCCAGCUGUUAUUGGAAUUCGAUCAGUGGUAGAAGCAAUUGAAGAGGCGGGGUAUAAUGCGUUACUGUCCGAACAAGAUGACAAUAAUGCCCAACUAGAAUCUCUUGCCAAAACGAAGGAGAUCCAAGAAUGGAAGAGAGCUUUCUUAUUCUCAGCAUCAUUUGCAGUGCCAGUCACUCUCAUAACAAUGAUCUUCCCCAUGUGCUUGAAGUUCCUUGACUUUGGCAAAAUUCUCAUUUUCCCAGGCCUUUACCUGGGCGAUGUUGCUGCUUUAUGUCUGACUGUUCCUGUGCAGUUUGGUGUUGGCAAGCGUUUUUACAAGUCUAGCUAUAAGUCCCUGAAACAUGGCUCCCCGACUAUGGAUGUCCUUGUCAUGUUGGGUACAUCGGCGGCUUUCUUUUUCAGCAUUUUCACAAUGCUUGUCGCCAUAUUCGGCAGCGAACAUGAACGUCCAAGCACUGUUUUCGAUACUAGCACAAUGUUGCUCACUUUCAUCACCCUCGGUCGAUGGUUGGAGAAUCGAGCCAAGGGCCAAACGUCAAAAGCUCUUUCUCGGUUGAUGUCUUUGGCGCCUUCCAUGGCUACGAUCUAUGAGGAUCCUAUUGCAGCUGAGAAAGCAGCCGAAGAAUGGAACGAGAAGAGCAGUGAUCAGACAUCCCAAACAUCAAACACUGGCCAUAGAGUGGUUCCAACUGAGCUCCUCCAAGUUGGCGACAUCAUCCUUCUGCGGCCUGGUGACAAAGUCUCUGCCGACGGAUUCGUCAUUCGAGGCGUAAGCUACGUCGAUGAGAGCAUGAUAACGGGAGAAGCUCGCCCUAUCAGCAAGAAAAAGGGAAGUGCCGUGAUUGCUGGUACGGUCAAUGGAGCUGGCUCUCUAGAUUUCAAGGUUACCCGUGCCGGCAACGACACUCAACUCAGUCAGAUUAUCAAACUGGUUCAGGAUGCUCAAACGAGUCGUGCCCCGAUUCAGCGUAUGGCCGAUAUUGUUGCUGGCUACUUUGUUCCCAUUAUCAUUUUCCUCGGCCUCCUUACUUUCACUAGUUGGAUGGUUUUGAGUCACGUCCUGCCGCAUCCUCCUCAAAUAUUCCUUGCACCAAGCAACGGUGGGAAAGUGAUGGUCUGCCUCAAACUGUGCAUUUCAGUCAUUGUAUUCGCAUGCCCGUGUGCUCUUGGUUUAAGCACUCCUACUGCCGUCAUGGUCGGCACUGGAGUGGGUGCGGAGCACGGAAUUCUCGUCAAAGGUGGAGCUGCGUUGGAAGCUGCCACUAAAAUCAAUCACAUCGUCCUGGACAAGACUGGUACGUUGACAGAAGGCAAAAUGGGCGUUGCUGGGACUAAACUCGAGCCUACAUGGACCUCUAAUGACUGGCGUCGCAAGCUUUGGUGGCAGAUUGUCGGCCUCGCUGAAACAAACAGUGAACAUCCCGUAGCACGAGCAAUCGUUGCAGCGGCCAAAAAGGAGACUGGUAUCGAGAGCGACGACCCUUUGGAUGGUACCAUAGGCUCCUUCGAUGUAACAGUCGGCAAAGGUAUAUCUGCCACCGUGGAACCAGCAUCGGCUGUCGAGCGAACUCGGUAUCGGGUCCUGGUAGGAAAUACAGUAUUCCUUCGUGCCAACGAGAUUGCUGUUCCUGAAUCGGCGGAGCUUGCUACACCCACUGAUUCCCCUUCGACAAUCUCCAAACCCAGCAACUCUGCUGGCUUAACCCAGAUCCACAUUGCGAUAGACGGACAUUACACUGGUACAAUAUCUCUCCAAGACGCGCUCAAGUCGACUGCAGUAGCUGCCAUCGCAGCGCUUCAGAAGAUGGGAAUGAAUAUCUCUCUCGUCACAGGUGAUACCUAUCCUGCGGCUUUAGCUGUUGCCAACGCCGUUGGCAUCCCCAGCGCCUCUAUCCGAGCGGGCGUCUCUCCUACCGAGAAGAGAGAAAUCGUCGAAUCCUAUCAAUCUGACGGCGACCGCGUGGCCAUGGUUGGCGAUGGCAUAAACGACUCGCCCGCGCUCGCAACUGCUAUCGUCGGCAUUGCGCUCGCUUCCGGGACAGACGUUGCCAUGGAAGCUGCCGAUAUUGUCAUCAUGCGCUCUGACGAUCUCCUCGCGGUCCCUGCAAGCCUAUCUCUCGCACGUACCAUCUUCACUCGGAUCAAACUGAACUUGAUGUGGGCCUGCGUCUACAACAUCAUCGGACUGCCCUUCGCGGCGGGUAUUUUCCUUCCGUUUGGCGGCAUUGCGCUGCCACCGAUGGCCGCCGGUGCAGCAAUGGCCAUGUCCAGUGUAUCUGUUGUAGGAAGCAGUCUGUUACUCAAAUUCUGGCAACGCCCAAAAUGGAUGAAUGCAGAACGGCUAGAAAGGGAGGCGGAAAUGGGUCUAAUCAAAACGCCGCAAUCGCACAACUUGUCAUCUUGGAAGGAGACUACGGUGUAUCGCGGCAGCCGUCGUCUGCGUACUGUACUUACGAGAACUAUCUUUGGCAGACAGUCCAAGCAGGCCAGAGAAGAAGAGGGAUAUGUUCCUUUGCAAACUGUAGAGCGAUAG